CUACUACAUAUUCAUUGACUUGAAGGAACUGCACAGUUCUUGAAGAAUGCUGUCAGAAGGGUAUCUCUACAGAAUUCUUUAUCAUGAUCUCUUGAAUUACAAGCUGUGCAGCAAGCAAGGAGAAGAGGCAGCACAUGAGAUGACCUGUUUAAAUGGUGUCACCUCUGCACCCACUGAGGAAAUACAAGGCAGAAAUCUGUUUCGGAAGUGCAGGUCUAUUGGAAAAUUAAUCUUUUCUGUCUGUUCUAAAGAAAACGGAAACAGUGGAUUACAGACGGAUACACUGACACAAGCUAGUCAAAACCCGGUAUUUGAAAGGCAAACAUCACCAGCCGUGAAAAUUUGCACAGGGUCUGCUAUAAACAGAGACACUUAUCUGGUUCCAUCUUCUUGUAACAGUAUUUGCAAGAACUACAAUGACCUACAUAUUGCUGGGGGCCAGGUGAUGCCGAUGAGCUCGGUAAAAACAGAUUUUAAUUAUGACAGUGGGAUUGGUCCAUUUCUGGAAUCAUCAGAGAUCCCACCACCAAUGGAUUCAAUAUCAGUACCACCUGUGGAGGUUCCCCGGAAGCCAAUUCAAAGGUAUUCAUCAUGCUGGCGAGUAGCCAGCAUCAUGCAACAUCAGCAGCCCCUCUCUAAUUCAAUACUAAAUGAUUACUUGGAGGAGAAGUUGGUGGAGCUCUACAAACAAUAUAUCAUGGAUGGCAUGGGCAACAGCGCAUCCCCAACUCAGAUCUUGGCAUCAGAAUUCAUCAUGACCAAUGUAGAUCAAAUCAGCAUGAAGCUAUCACAAGAGAGGAACAUGAAGACCACCAAAGCGAAAGACAUGGUCAUUAGCUGUCUAUUGAGGCUAGCCAGUGGGAAAGCUUCCACCGAAAUGAGCACUCCUAGUCUCCAUAUUUCCCAGUUUAGCACUAUCACUAAAUAAAGGUUGGCUGCAGCUUGAAAUCUCACACUUAUUUUUAAAAGUAAUGUUUAGCUUUUGUCUAGUGAAGCAUUUUGAAGAGCCAGGUGAUCUUCUCAUUUUUUACAAUGAUACCUUGGUGUAGUGGUUAAGAGCGAUGGGACUCUAAUCUGGAGAACUGAGUCUCAUUCCCUACUCCUCCGCUUGAAGCCAGCUGGGUGACCUUGGGUCAGUCACAGCUUCUAGGAGCUCUCUCAGCCCCACCCAACACACAGGGUGAUUAUUGUUGUGGGAAUAAUGUCAUACUUUGUAAACCAAUCUGACUGGGCAUUAAGUUGUCCUGAAGGGCGGUAUAUAAAUCGAAUAUUAUGAUUACUUUCCAGCCUCUUUUUCUCUAUCUUUGUCCCCACUGUCAGAAGUCUGUAUUACAGCAUUCAACUAAUACCACUUUGCCAAUUGUAACCUUUGUGACUCCCUUCUAAGCCAAUUGGCUCAAAUGGACAUAGAAGUUUUCUUAUAAUACGUUUGUAGAAUCUUUCUUAUUAAUUGAUUGUCAUGUAACUGCAAGCUGAUCCCAGGCUCUGAUUUGGAGGCUUGGCAAAGAUUAUAAUGUUAUGUGUAUAUUUGCUAACUAUGCAUUGAAUACUCAAUUUAUGUUAUUUAACAGUUAGCAUGAUGUUUGUAAUAUGACAAUGAAUUCUCAGUGUAAAGAGAGCAUGCAAGCUCCACGUUUAUGAACUAGAGGUCCCAGUGGAUGUUUUUUUCAUCUGUUGGGUAUAAUAACCCACUAUUUCUCAUUACAAAAUAA